AAUUAAUAUCUCCAUCCACAGAGAAACAUCUAUCUGAAAAACCUAAAUCCGAAUCCACUGAAAUUCCUUCAUCUGAAGAUGAAAGUGAAACCAUAAACGUUAAAGCAAAAUCCGAUAAAAUAUAUGACAAGAUAACAUCCGACAAAUCAGAUAUUAAAUCCGAAAUAAAAGAUAAGACCACCGAUAACGUACCAACCACAAAAUCACCGGAAAAAGAUAUAAAACAUGUAACUAAAACCGAAGGGGAGGGCAAAGUCACAAUGGAUGAUAAAUUAAAAAAGAUUGAAUUAGUAGAGAAAGACAUUAAACUAGAGAAACCCACAGAUAAAGUUGGUUCUACAAUAUCCGAUAAAAAAGAUAGUUUAACUGACCAAAUAAUAACCACUAAAACAACAACGAUAGGUACAUUCGAUGAAACUAUAACCGAAUCAUUAGAAGAAAAAAUAAAAGAAACAAUAAUUGAUUCUAAACAAUCCAUUGUAGAUAUUCCCGAAUUCGAAAGUGAUUCUGAAAAGACGAUUAAGGAUGUAACCAUCAUUUCCGAUAAGAAAGUAGAUAAUAAAUUUAUAUCUCCAACCACAGAGAAACAUCUAUCUGAAAAACCUAAAUCCGAAUCCACUGAAAUUCCUUCAUCUGAAGAUGAAAGUGAAACCAUAAACGUUAAAGCAAAAUCCGAUAAAAUAUAUGACAAGAUAACAUCCGACAAAUCAGAUAUUAAAUCCGAAAUAAAAGAUAAGACCACCGAUAUCGUACCAACCACAAAAUCCCCGGAAAAAGAUAUAAAACAUGUAACUAAAACCGAAGGGGAGGGCAAAGUAACAAUGGAUGAUAAAUUAAAAAAGAUUGAAUUAGUAGAGAAAGACAUUAAACUAGAGAAACCCACAGAUAAAGUUGGUUCUACUGAAUCCGACAAAAAAGAUAGUUUAACUGACCAAAUAAUAACCACUAAAACAAUAACGAUAGGUACAUUUGAUGAAACUAUAACCGAAUCACAUGUUGAAAACAUAAAAGAAACAAUAAUCGAUUCUAAACAAUUCAUUGUAGAUAUUCCCAAAUCCGAAAUCGAUUCUGAAAAAACGAUUCAGGAUGUAACCGUCAUUUCCGAUAAGAAAGUAGAUGAUAAAUUAAUAUCUCCAUCCACAGAGAAACAUCUAUCUGAAAAACCUAAAUCCGAAUCCACUGAAAUUCCUUCAUCUGAAGAUGAUAGUGACACGAUAAACAUUAAAGAAAAAUCCGAUAAAAUAUAUGACAAGAUAACAUCCGACAAAUCAGAUAUUAAAUCCGAAAUAAAAGAUAAGACCACCGAUAACGUACCAACCACAAAAUCACCGGAAAAAGAUAUAAAACAUGUAACUAAAACCGAAGGGGAGGGCAAAGUCACAAUGGAUGAUAAAUUAAAAAAGAUUGAAUUAGUAGAGAAAGACAUUAAACUAGAGAAACCCACAGAUAAAGUUGGUUCUACAAUAUCAGAUAAAAAAGAUAGUUUAACUGACCAAAUAAUAACCACUAAAACAACAACGAUAGGUACAUUCGAUGAAACUAUAACCGAAUCAUUAGAAGAAAAAAUAAAAGAAACAAUAAUUGAUUCUAAACAAUCCAUUGUAGAUAUUCCCGAAUUCGAAAGUGAUUCUGAAAAGACGAUUAAGGAUGUAACCAUCAUUUCCGAUAAGAAAGUAGAUAAUAAAUUUAUAUCUCCAACCACAGAGAAACAUCUAUCUGAAAAACCUAAAUCCGAAUCCACUGAAAUUCCUUCAUCUGAAGAUGAAAGUGAAACCAUAAACGUUAAAGCAAAAUCCGAUAAAAUAUAUGACAAGAUAACAUCCGACAAAUCAGAUAUUAAAUCCGAAAUAAAAGAUAAGACCACCGAUAUCGUACCAACCACAAAAUCCCCGGAAAAAGAUAUAAAACAUGUAACUAAAACCGAAGGGGAGGGCAAAGUAACAAUGGAUGAUAAAUUAAAAAAGAUUGAAUUAGUAGAGAAAGACAUUAAACUAGAGAAACCCACAGAUAAAGUUGGUUCUACUGAAUCCGACAAAAAAGAUAGUUUAACUGACCAAAUAAUAACCACUAAAACAAUAACGAUAGGUACAUUUGAUGAAACUAUAACCGAAUCACAUGUUGAAAACAUAAAAGAAACAAUAAUCGAUUCUAAACAAUUCAUUGUAGAUAUUCCCAAAUCCGAAAUCGAUUCUGAAAAAACGAUUCAGGAUGUAACCGUCAUUUCCGAUAAGAAAGUAGAUGAUAAAUUAAUAUCUCCAUCCACAGAGAAACAUCUAUCUGAAAAACCUAAAUCCGAAUCCACUGAAAUUCCUUCAUCUGAAGAUGAUAGUGACACGAUAAACAUUAAAGAAAAAUCCGAUAAAAUAUAUGACAAGAUAACA